AUGAAUUCUUCCGCGGGGACCGGUAGUGAAAGAGCGGAUAAUUUACCGGCAAAAAAGCGACAGAAUAGACAGAGUGUGCUGGGAAUGCUAAAGAAGGUGGACAUAAAAAAUAAGGGCUUGAAACGAUUUUUCUACUUCACUUACGAUGCUGACUCUUCGGUGAAGCAGGAGUGUGUAAAAAAGCUUUACUUCAGCAAUGGUGAAGUAUGUGAAGGAGACGAAUAUUUUCUGCUGCAUAUGAAAAAGAGUGUGUACGUGAGCAACAUUCCCGGAGGCACGAAGAAAUCGGAAAUAUAUCAGCUUUUUCAGCGCUUCGGUACGGUUCUGUCAAUUCAGCUGCGUUCCCGUGGCGGUAGAAACAUAGUGGGACGCCAAGCCCAGUACCCAUUUGAGACAGGACCCUACUUGUGUAGCACGAUCGAGUUCGACUCCCCUGAAAGUGCCAAAAAUGCCUGUGAAGUUAAAACAGAAAGCAACUUUUCUGCGACGCCCAUCGUGAAACCGUCGAUGCUAGGAACAGAAAACUGCGUCUAUGUUGAAAAUAUUCCAGCUGCAACGACGCGCCAGGAAUUGUGGCAACACUUCAAGACGUUCGGACCUAUUCGCUCGAUACGGAUGGAAUUUCCCGACGGCACGCUAGUUCUCACGGACGGAGAAUACGCGCAGCUUCGCUCUGUAAAUUGUCAUAUUCGAUUCCGUCGAAGAGCUGAGGCAAGGACUGCCGCGAAGGCACUUAAUCGAAGCACGUUCAAAGAGCGUCACAUAUCUGUGCAGAUGGCUUACCAAAAGUACUGUAAUCCAGACGAACUGUCCAACAAUGCAUUGCGAAUCUUCUUCCAACCAUUUGGCGACGUGGUUGCUCUCGAUCAAAUUCCACACCAACGAACCGGGUACGUUUGCUUCAAGCCCCCGGUUCCGGUGGACAUCCUCAAACGUGCCAACCAGCAAACGUUCCGGAAUCGGCGCAUAACGCUCGAGAAACUGGAUCUACCGGGUGUGGCGAAGGAUGGCAAACCGACCAAGUCACUUGGGAACGGUAAAACCGGCCGGGUGGUGGUGGAAGGAAACUCUACGGGCCAGAGCGGACCCAUCGGUAACAGUGGCAAUCGGGCUGGUGCGACAGGGCCGGGUGCAUCAAGCAAAGCUUCCACUAAUCACGCCAUUCAGAUCAAGCUUGGUCGCAAAAUCGCCCGCAAAGGACUACCAGUGGGUCGCAAACCGUUAGCGAAAAAGCUGAACGAAGGAGCCAAAUCUGGUGGUACGAAAUCCGCGGCUGAAAAUGCGAAAGAAAACAGGGCUACAUCGUAG